AUGAUGAUGCAUAGAGGAGUUGGAGGAGAUGCAUCGUUAAGGCUCAACUUUCAGUGGUCAUGGGGGUUGGUCACUGAGAUCGAAGAGGCGACCUUCCCUUGAGAGAACAGGGGAAAAGGAAGGGAAAGGGGAGAGCUUUGAAGGGGGUCCCUUCCGUUCAGAGUCAUGCUGGCCCUUGAAUGCUGAGCUUUAACAUCAGGUCCAAAGACUCCGAAGAAGAACCAAAGAGGUUCAAUCACGGGAAUCGGCGAUCGACAAGCACAAAAGAUGUCUGGUGCAUUCUUUGCGGGCAUCCACCAGCCACGACUACAUUUAAGGGUACACCUUUAAGGUGCUUUUGUUACCGCUUGUUAUGGCUCUCUCCCUUAGGUGCCGACAGCCAUAACAAGCGGUAUAAACGAACACCAAAAACCUACCUCUAAUUAUACAUCUUCUGGGUUCAUCCACAACGAGUACUAGCACAGGGAUGAACAACCCGCCGACACUGGUGGGCUCCUCGUCAAUGCUGGAGUACUCCUCGUCUCAGUAUAAUCAACAACUCCGACCGACUUCGACCAUGUCAGCAUCCAACUUAGUUUCUGCGAUGCUCUUGCCGGAUGUAGCUACGCCAGACACGAUUGCGUUCUCCCGAGUACAAGCAGAAGGCAUAGCCAGACGACCAAUUCGAAAAACAGAUGCUAAGACAGCUGCACGAAUCCGAGCUGCGCUAUUUGAGAUUUUUCUGUAAUUGUCGUGCUUUUCCUGCUUAAAUAGUCGAGUUUAAAAAUGUGCUAGUGGACUCCAUGUUGUACUUGUACUAUUAACCAAGGUAGUGCCAGGCCCAGGCAGCGAUCAUCUAUCUAAGAACAAAUCACGAAGAACUACUAUCUAGUGCUGCUCCUAGUCCCCGACGCCGACAGGCUACAGGGAACAAUAAACUUCCACAGUUUCUUUGCCCGCGCUGACGUAGACAUGGGCGAUCAAGGUGAUUUGCAUCAGAAACCGGUCUGGGUUUCUACCUAUCAGUGGGCUCUUUUUGUUAUGGCAUGAUCUUCUGAGUCAGAGUCGGCAGACUUCCAUUCCUACAAGUUGUUGGUAGAGGUGUUGUACUAGAAAUAUUUCCUCCUCCCUUCCUUUUCUUUUUUUACCCAACCCCUUUUCAUAUCCCCUCAAGCCUUCUUUCUCCCGGAGCUAACUGGCAUAUCGAGAGACGACAUCCUCUCAACCUUCGGACCGAAGCGGGAGCCCAUCGAUUUUUUGACCUUUACCGAGUUGGUCGCUGACCUCGCGAUAGCGUUUAUCGAACGCGUCAAUGAUGGGAAAAUUAUGGUGACGUGGUGCAUCAGGACUAAUCAUGCUGACCUUGUAAAACUCAUUGAAUUUGUUGUUGUGCUUAGGCUAGUACUACCACAAUAUUGAAUAUAUUUACUUAUUUCAGUGUGGUCACUCAACAGCACCUCCACCUUCCUUCCUUUUUCCAUCUCUCCCUUUCAUAUCUCCUAUGCAGAGUCUGAACCUUGGAGGCGACCACACGGAUCGAUUGGCUGCCUUAUAUCGGUUUUGUGAGGUGUUUGGCAUGCACACAGAGCAGCAGUCCUUCAGACGAUUUCUGAGACGUCGAGAACGCAUCCGAGUCCGAAGUCCCUCGCCACACUUAGAGCUGCUGAGGAAUAAGUAGUCAAUCCUAAUGUCCUUGUUAAUGUCCUUCUUGUGCUGUUUUCUGAACUUCUUGUAUCAAGAACACGGAUAGCUGCAAGCCCUCUCUAUCACCGAAAAAUGAUUCAUCCGUCUUCAUUUUCAUCUUCCAUUUUGAUCCCUCUAGACUAACACCACAAGAACUUCAGGCACGUCGAGGUACGUUCGCCAGUAGCAAGGCCUCGAGGAACGGGCUUUCCUAAGAAUAGUCCGAAAAUGAGUCGUGUGAAAAUGCUGAAUCCAGCGGCAACACUUUUUGAGCAAAACGAAGACCAAAAAACACGACACGAGGCUGAACUUCUUGCCCAACGACAAGCCCUUCUUGGUGGAACAACGUCAUCAUCGCUCUAUCAUCGACCAAUGGCAGCUACCGCUUCUAUGGGAAAUUUUCCUUCUUUAGCGCGGCAGCACUACAUUAGUAUGCCUAGUACUAGUAUGGACCACCACACAGCUCCUCCUCCUGCUAGCAGUGCAGGUCGUUUAGCAGAGCAACAGCAACUACUUCUAGAACAAAUGAUGCUGGGUGUGGGUCAAGGUCAAAAUGAUCCUUUACUUCACAGCGUUCAUAGUAGGAUCAUUACUCCGGGAUCCCGAACCGGACUCAAAUCUUCAGCGUUGCAGCAAAAUAAGAUUACUCCUGGAUCGACCAAGAGUAGCGUUGUUCAAAACUCCUGCUCUCUAAGAGGAGAUCCACCUCAACAUCAAAGGAGUAGUAACACCAAAGUACAACUUCUACCAAACACCAACACGACGAGCACGACGAGGAGUGCAUCCAUAUCUUCACGUGCAUCACCCCCCGCGACUACCAAGAAGAAAGUAACAUCAUCUUCUGCAGCCGCGAAAGUAACAUCAUCUAGCGCAGCUUUCGACAAAAAAAGUGCUUCAACAUCUGGGCAACAACCACCUCCUGCAACAACCUCAAGUAGUCGUGGAGGGACUGCUAGUGCAGCAAGCGAAUCAGGACCAGGGACUGCUGCCGCGGGAGCAGCUUCAGUAGAGGUAGAGGGUGCUGCUGCCGAUGAAGCAGGCCAAGAGUGGACCGCAGAGGAGUGGGCACAGUGGGAAGCCGAACAGGCACAGGCCGCAGCCAGGUCAACAAGUGAAGACCAGAAUACGCCUCAAGAUGGAGGUGGUGGUCGAGAAUGGACAGACGAAGAAUGGGCUGCAUGGGAAGCAGGACAACAGGGAGAAUUAAGGGUAUAUUAACGUAAGCCCAUCUCUGACGCCAUCUUUUUCUUGUCCAUUUCUACUCGAAAUGAGCUAACAAGAGAUGUCCUAAAAAAAGAUGGGUUGCUGGUACCUCUAAGAGAAGGUGAGGCAUGGGGAGACGAUCAAAAUGCAGUAGAUUAAGGCUCAGCUUUCAAUGGUCAUUGGGGUUGGUCACUGAGAUCGAAGAGGCGACCCCUUGAGAGAACAGGGGAAAACGAAGGGAAAGGGGAGAGCUUUGAAGGGGGUCCCUUCCGUUCAGAGUCAGUGACCAUUGAAGGCUGAGCUUUAAGUAGAGCAAUGGGUGGAAGGCGGUGACCAAAAUACUGCGACAGGCGGUGACGCGGCUGAUUGGUGGGGUGAGGAAGGAAACUGGGAAGAUGCUGAGGGAGGUGCUGGCGAGGGAUGGUACGGAGAAGGAGAUGACCAACAAUGGACAGCUGAAGAGUGGGCGGCGUGGGAGCAACAAGGGUGAUUCAUACGGAUGCACGUAAAUACUUAGAUGUAAAAAAAGAACCAGAUAAGCUCUUAUUUCUUAAGUAUGGUCUUAGGCAGCUCGCCGAGUAGAUUCAAUUCAUCAAGCUGUUUCUUAAGUAUUAGAUGGUUGCGAUUAACCAAACCACGACCAGGGACAACAGAAAGAACAUUCCAAAACGAACAAAUAGAAGUUUAACCAUGAUGAAGCGAGGGUGGACGAAGAGGGUUGAGGAUGUUGUGUUACACUGUAGAGCAAGAUAGAUCUAGUUAUAUUUAUAACCUUUUUCAUGACGAUGACUUUUUUCCAAAAAUGACCACCACGAUGGACGAAGUUGAUAUUGAAAUUUAGCGACGUGGUAGAAAGUAGCUAGGUUGUAGAACGGAAUAUUAGUACGAGGACGAAGAACACCAACAAGAUCAUUCACAGCACAAUAAAGACACCAGGUUCGAUACCGUUAUCGUUAUAGACAAUAGACCACUUGAAGACAAUAUAAUUUCAUUGAAGACAAAAUGUCUAGUUGUUCUACUUGUUGUGCGACACUUUUUUUUGAUCACACACAGUAAUAUAGGUACUAGUGGAACGAGUCAACAAAAUAUAGUGAUGUUGUCUGUAUAACUACUGCGUUCCACCUCUCAAGAAACACGUAAUAAUAGUGGUUCAGAUGAAUGCUGGAACGCUUUUUUUUUUCUGCUGAGCUACCUACGACCAAAGAAUAAGUGCAAGUGUGCUCCGCUAGAUCGACACCGAUGCUCGCUGGUAGUUGAGAAGAACUAUCUGAGACGCACACGUGACAUGUUCGCAUAUAUCUACCAGAGAAGGUGUAGGCAUUUGUUCCACUCUUAAAAAGACUUUUUUUAAGAUGGUUGUGUAAAAAUUUGCUGGCUGGCUGCCUCUCUGCGUGCUUGUGCGGGAAAGGAAUGGCGCGCCCGAAAUAGGCCCCGCCCCCCUCGGUGAGAGGGUCGACCCGGCGCUUGUGAGAGCAGUGGGUGUCGGGAUGGUCCAUCUCGGUCGGGUGCAGCUGUGCUGCUUGCGUAGUCCUCUGCGGUUGUUGCAGGUGUUGCUUGGUUUGUUAGUCUCGCUUCCUUUGAGCGUCCUCGUUUCGCUGCUCCGGGCGCACGGGCGUGGCCCUUUCAGUCCGCCUAGCAUCUGCAUCUGUCGCGUAGCCGCGUUUCUCUUUCUGCCGGCUAUUCUGGGUGGGCGGGUGGGCUUCGCCCGCUGCUUGUCUUCUCUGUGUGUCGCUAUGCGCUAGAGUGAUGUUCCGGCCGCGGCCAUUCGUGCGCUCGGCUUAUAGGCUUACUUCGGACUGGGACGAUUAUUCCGUUAAGACGAGUACUCCUAAGUCUUCUAAGAUAGUUGCGUAGGUUUUGAUCUACUGUGCAUAGAAGUAGAGCAUAGACAUCAUUGAAAUUUAUACUCAUAAUAUUAUUGCUAUUGGAAAAGUGUAAAAUUUAACAACUACUUAGUAGUUGAGAUAUAAGUUUCUAGUCUAGUAGUUGAGAUAUAAGUUUCUAGUCUUUUUUGUCUCCUACCAUCCAGCAUCAGCAUGUAUAGAAAAAUAUAAAAACGAACACUGUGAGCAUGAGAAUGUUGAGCGGCCCAGUUUCUUACAGCUAUAAGGCUAAUGAUUUUACAGGAUGCAGGUCUGGACAAGCACGCUAAAACCGAAAUGCAUCUUGACAAACUCGCCAAGCAGCACCGAGACCGUUGGAGGAAACUACCUGAUCGAGGAACUAAUCGUCCCGUGGGUGACGAAGGGGCAAAGCUUUUGGUUGCGCUGUGUGAGUUCCGUGAUGAAU